UGUUCGGCGUGUCCUUCAGAUCUGCGUCUCUAUAAGCCACGUGCUUGUCGGGGCUCCUCAUGUCCGCCACGUGUCGGGUGUCUACGACUUCCAGGGGCUUUUUCGGUAUUGCACUUUUCUGUCUUCUGCAGCCAAAAAAUUCAUUUUUUUAUUAUUUUUUUCUUCCCCUGUUUUUUCUUUUCGCUCAUAGUCUAUUUGGUUUUUCCUCUUCUGCGAAAAUGCUUCUCGUGGGGUCAUUGACGUGCGUUUCAAUUUUCUUCUGCUUUAUGUUCUUCGUUGUUUGGUACAACUGAUGGCUCUUCUCUCUGUUUCUCUGAGAAGUUCAUGGCGAGAAAGUGGAAGAAAAUGUAGGCUUUAUGCUGCAGUGUUUGGUUGGAACAAGCUUGGAAUUACUAUUCAAAGAAAAACAUAGGAUAAAGUUACCAAUUUCUCAGCUUCCUUGGAUUUUCUGCUGAAUUCUACUUCCUGGUUUUAAAAAAGAUUAUUAUUUUGUCAUCUGGGUACCUCUUAAUUUGAGCAAUCUUGUUUGGAUUCUGGCGUUCUGCAAUUUUUUUUUCUUCAAUGGCGCAAACAGAGGAAGGUGGAAACAGAGCAACCCAACAGGUGUUCUCAAUGCAAGGGAGUAAUUUUCCGGGAGAUCUGCUGAGGAAAAUAGUUUCCGGGAAUGAUUUUCCUGGAAAAUUCGAGGAGCCAACCCAAGAUUCUGAGGAGAUUGAGCUAAGCCUCGGGCUUUCAUUGAACGGUCGAUUUGGGGUGGACCCAAGAGCCAAGUUACUGCCACUCAAACGCUCGUCGUCAAUCCCUGACUUCGCGUCGACCCCAGCAAGAGACGAGGACACGACAUGUCGUGUAUCUGCGCCGUGCAUGGUGCCUCUGAUGAGGACUUGUUCUCUGCCUACGGAAACAGAGGAGGAGUGGAGGAAGAGGAAGGAGUUGCAGAGCUUGAGGAGAAUGGAGGCGAAGAGAAAGAGGUCGGAGAAGCAGCAGAGGAAUUUGAAGGUGCCUAGAGAUCGGAGCAGAGAGAACUUUGAGGAAGAUAAGAGAGGAGGAGAAGCCAUGAAUGGGGUUCAAAGUUAUAGACAAGAGCAGUUUGUGAAGGUGGUGGAUGAGUUUAGAGCAAUGGGGAUCCCCACUUGGGUAUCUGGUGAUAAGGGUAAUUGUCCGGUUCCUCCACCGCCAGCAUCUCAGAGCACAAUUGGGUCUCAAGGAAGUGGCUCAUCUGGGAUUUCAGAAUCUGAGAGCCAUGCUGCUGCUGCUACUGCUGCUGCUGCUCAAGGAGUGCACAAAUGCACUGAACCAAGAAGUCAUGCCAAUGCUCAGUCUUCUCCAAAGACUAAUAAGGAACUGUUAGUGACCCCUCGAAUGAUAACCACCGAAAGAUCAGGUCAGUUCAACGGAGUUCAAAUGGAAAUUAACUGUGAUAAACCCACAGUUCCAGAAAAAGGAGCCAACGAAAUUGUGAGGAAUGUGUUGGAAAAUAUGCCUUGUGUGUCUACAAAAGGAGAUGGCCCCAACGGGAAAAGAAUAGAAGGGUUUCUUUAUAGGUACAAGAAGGGUGAGGAAGUGAGAAUAGUAUGUGUUUGUCAUGGCAGCUUUCUCUCUCCCGCCGAGUUUGUGAAGCAUGCCGGCGGUGGUGACGUGGCACACCCUUUGAAGCAUAUAGUAGUCAAUCCAUCUCCGUUUUUGUAGUUGUAGUGCCCUUGUAGAUCAUGUCAAAACCUUUUAUCUAAGGACGAGGGAGAAAGUGGAGAAGAUCCAUCAAUGUUCCUUCCUUUUACCUUUUUCCUUUGUUUAUUUAAAAUUGUCUUUCAAUGGGACUGAUGGGCACUUGUAUUGAAUUCGGUACAUGAAGCCUUGUGUUGGAAGGCUAUAAUGAUUAUAACUAGAGGAGACAGGUCGUUGCAUGUUAA